CUUCGCCUUCCCUCAACCAGAUAACACAACUCUCUACACUCCUCUCUUCUCUUCCCUCUCCUUCCUCCUCCUCCAUCGACUCCCAAACCUGAAUUCCCUUCAAUCCCUUCUCUCCGAUGGCAAUUUCUGCUCCAGUCGCUUCUUCCUCCACCUCGUCUAGACUCCUCUGCUUCUACGCCUCCUCCCCUUCCCUCUGCCCCUCCGCCUCCAUUUCGACUGCCGGUAAGCCUAAAUCCCUAACCCUUUCUUCCUCCUUCCUCCCUGCUUACUCCGUCACCAACCUCUCCUCCUCCUCGUCCGCUUCCGCCCUCUCUCGACGGCCCCGCCGCGCGUUCACCGUCCGCGCCGCCCGUGGGAAGUUCGAGCGGAAGAAGCCCCACGUGAAUAUCGGCACGAUUGGCCACGUCGACCAUGGGAAGACCACCUUGACCGCCGCCCUCACCAUGGCCCUCGCCUCCACCGGAGGCAGCGCCCCGAAGAAGUACGACGAAAUCGACGCCGCUCCUGAGGAGAGGGCUCGUGGUAUCACCAUCAACACCGCCACUGUUGAGUACGAGACCGAGAACCGCCACUAUGCCCACGUCGAUUGCCCUGGGCACGCCGAUUACGUCAAGAACAUGAUUACCGGAGCUGCCCAGAUGGACGGAGCUAUCCUCGUCGUCUCCGGCGCCGAUGGGCCGAUGCCGCAGACUAAGGAGCAUAUCCUUCUUGCCAAGCAGGUGGGUGUUCCCAACAUGGUCGUCUUCCUCAACAAGGAGGAUCAGGUCGAUGACAGUGAAUUGCUUGAGCUAGUGGAGCUUGAGGUUCGUGAGCUUCUCUCAUCGUAUGAAUUUCCCGGUGAUGAUAUUCCCAUCAUAUCAGGAUCUGCUUUGUUAGCUUUGGAAUCUCUGACUGAGAAUCCUAGCUUGAAGAGGGGUGAGAACAAAUGGGUCGAUAAAAUUUACGAACUUAUGGACGCUGUCGAUAGUUACAUCCCAAUUCCGCAGAGGCAGACAGAUCUGCCCUUCUUGUUAGCCAUUGAAGACGUCUUCUCUAUCACUGGUCGUGGAACCGUUGCCACUGGCCGUGUUGAGAGAGGAACCGUCAAGGUUGGAGAGACAGUGGACAUUGUCGGAUUGAAAGAUACCAGGAAUGUGACAGUUACUGGAGUGGAAAUGUUCCAGAAGAUCCUUGAUGAGGCUAUGGCCGGAGAUAAUGUCGGUUUGUUGCUUAGGGGUGUCCAAAAGGAUGAUAUCCAGAGAGGUAUGGUCUUGGCCAAGCCUGGAUCCAUAACUCCACACACCAAGUUCGAGGCCAUUGUGUAUGUGUUGAAGAAAGAGGAAGGAGGAAGGCAUUCUCCAUUCUUUGCAGGGUACAGGCCGCAAUUCUACAUGAGAACAACUGAUGUGACUGGUAAAGUGACAAAGAUUAUGAAUGACAAAGAUGAAGAGUCAAAGAUGGUAAUGCCGGGUGACCGUGUGAAAAUGGUUGUGGAGCUGAUCAUGCCGGUUGCUUGUGAGCAAGGUAUGAGGUUCGCUAUCCGAGAAGGAGGGAAGACCGUUGGUGCAGGAGUUAUCCAGUCCAUCAUAGAAUGAUAUAAUGUUACUUGUACUUGCUUUUUUCCCUGUCCGAAGCUGCUGAUUUGGUCUUUUCCCAUAAGAACUCAGAAUCAAAAUGUCAAUGGUAGUAUAUCUUCUUGUUCAUCUA